AUGGAUAAGAAUCUUGAUGAACAUUCCAACAGUUUCCCUCACGAAGAUAAGGAAAACAACACCAAUGCCGCCGACCACACACCUCGUUCUCCGUUGCUAGAGAGCGAGGACAAUGUCGUCGACGGGGAUGGAGAAACUGAAAAGGCCGGUGAUGUAGAUAAUGUCGAGAGAGAGGCGGGAGAUGAAAAGAAGGAGGAGGAGAAUGAGGAAGGUGUAUCCUUCGAGGAUACACCUGAAACUCCUCCUCCAAACUUGGAGAAACUUUUAGAAGACAUUGAUAAAUUCUUUGCUGCUACUACAUAUGAUAACAAUGACAAUAACGAAGAGAUGAUUCCUGAAUUCGUAGACAAGUUUCUAUAUCUAGUGGAAGAGAAAAUCGCGAGGUACGACUCGAAUCAAACAAAAUGGGGUGAAACUGUGGAGGAAGAUUCAUUGUUGUUGGAAGGUGUGAACCGCGUCUCAAAGCUGGUGAAGUUUUUAACCACAAUUAUCACAGAUUUUCAAUCUGGAGAAGAAGAGAAAAAAGAAGGAGAUGAAGAAGAAGAUAAAAAAGGAGAUGAAGAAGAAGAAAAGGAAGAGAAGAAAAUAAAAAAGAAUCAUUCAGUAUUGUUGAACCGCGUCGGCGCGAUUCAACAACGAGCAAUGGCGUAUUUGGAGGAAGAGUUCCGGUUGUUAAUGGAAGAAUCUAGAAUCCAAAACAAACCAGAUUCGUCGCAUGACGCUAAAGGGAAACACGCUGCAACACCGGAGCCGUCGGAAAAUGAAUCAGCAGAAACGUUUAUGGAUUUCCCGGGUUUUAAGGAGGAGGCGGUUACAAUUUUGAACAAAAUAGCGCGGGAGAUGUUGUUUGCAGGUUAUGAUUCAGAAUGCUGCCACCUGUACGCCGUUUCGAGAAAGCACGGUUUCGGAGACGGUUUAUACAGGCUAGGGUACGAAAGGAUCAGCAUGGAAGAGGUUCAUAAAAUGCAAUGGGAAUCAUUGGAGAGAGAGAUUCCAACGUGGAUCAACACGUUCAAAGAAUGUGCCACCGUGUGGUUCCCCGGAGAACGGAAGCUCGCAGCGUCGAUCUUCGCCGAGCAUCUGUCUGUGGCGGACACACUCUACACCAACCUCACGCGCGUCGUGGUGUUUCAGCUUCUCAACUUUGCUGAAAGCGUGGCGAUGACAAAACGUGCGGCGGAGAAGCUCUUCAAGUUUCUUGACAUGUACGAAACCUUGAGAGACACAAUUCCGAAUCUGGACAAACUCUACCCGGAGGAAAUCGUCUACGAAAUCAAAGCUGAAAUGACAUCUGCAAAGAAUCGCCUCGGCGAGGUUGCUGUGUUGAUAUUCUGCGAACUUGAAAACUCGAUCAAAUCGGAUACUGGAAAAACUCCGGUCGCAGGCGGCGCUGUUCACCCGCUAACUCGCUACAUCAUAAACUACCUGAGACUCGCGUGCGAGUAUAAAGACACAUUGGAAGAAGUUUUCAAAGAGCAUUCGAAGAUCGAGCGUGCUGAUUCAACAAGUAGGCCUAAUUACGACAAUCAAAGCCAAAACGAGAAUCAGAAAUCGAACGAGAAAGAAAACGUGUCCCCGUUUGCCGCACAGUUGACACGUUUGAUGGAAUUACUCGACGCGAAUCUUGAAGGAAAAGCAAAACUCUACAAAGAAGUACCAUUAAGUUGCAUCUUCAUGAUGAACAAUGGAAGGUACAUUGUUCAAAAAAUCAAAGGAUCAGGUGAAAUCUACGCAGUAAUGGGCGAAACAUGGUGCCGUAAAAGAUCCACAGAACUGAGAACUUAUCACAAAAACUAUCAAAUAGAAUCAUGGAGCAAGAUAUUGAGUUGUUUAAGUCCAAAAGGUUUGAAUGAUAAUGGGAAAGUUCAUAAGCCGGUGCUGAAAGAAAGGUUCAAGAGUUUCAAUGCAUUGUUUGAGGAGAUACAUAAGACGCAAAGCACUUGGGUCGUGAGCGAUGAACAGCUUCAAUCUGAGCUAAGAGUUUCAAUAUCCGCACUCGUGAUUCCUGCUUAUAGAUCAUUUUUGGGUAGGUUUUCGCAGUAUUUGGAUCCAGGAAGACAAACAGAGAAAUAUAUAAAAUUUCAAGCUGAGGAUAUAGAGACUUACAUUGAUGAGUUGUUUGAUGGGAAUCCUCACCAUCAAGCUAUGGUGAGGAAGAAAGCAUGA